CCGAUACCCAGAUCAACAUCCGAUGCAAUUGUAGUUCAUUGAUGGCACGACUCCAAUGUAUCAGGCAGUGAGAGCAUCUGGACCCAGCGCGGUUGUUCGGAUGUCAACAACAUCGUAGGUUUUUGUCCUUUUAGAAGGCAGCGUUUUCUUAGCGUCAAUGUCGACGUCGUCGGCUUCUAAGAAACGAGCGAGAUAUUUGAAACACGGCACAUUGAGUUACCGUAGGCAAACGCUGUGUCGACGAAUAGUGUCAGAUCGGCUGCUAGAAUGUUCCGAGCAUUGCAAGAUCAACAUAUGUAUGUCUGACGGCUUUAAUCCACUGUCUCCGACAGACAACGCGUCGCUUCGGGUCCCGGGAAUGAUGAGCAACCGUCGGCACGGUAGCCAAACCGUAGCGCGAAGAUCCUUGAAGACUGGAGCUCAGAGUAUUCUAUACAGCCCCCGGAAGAGUCACAUCAACUUGGCUGAUCCGAGUUCGGUGGAUUCCUUGACAAUUCCUUGAAUAAGUAGUACUCGUUUGGGAUCCAUCAGUUAUUACUAGCACUACCAAAGUACUAUAAUGACGGCACGAUUCGGAUGCCGCCCUGGAAAAGGCCUGUCAGAGCUGAUACUUCUUGGCUAGAUGGAGAGGUAUCACUGUGUGAC